GUUCCAUCAGCUGUCAGCCGAACUCCUGCAGUUUCCCUCCUCCGCCUCCUCCUCCCGAAAGGAGCGAGCGAACGCAACAGAGGGGACGAGUGAGAGAGCGGCGCUUACAAGCCAGCCAGAGAAGAGACGUCAAGAGGAGGACCUAACGAGCGAGGCAAAGAGAGAGAGGAGGGAGGGCGGAAAAAAAAAAAACACAAAACAAAAAAAAAAGCCUCCUCUUUCGACCGCCUCUCUUCGUGCAUCCUUCGGGCCAGCGAGGAGCGAAGAGGAGCGCGGAGGAAUCGGGCUUGGCACAUUUCCACGCCGCUUCCCUGCCAUUUCGUGGUGCGUGGACGCGCGUUGGGAGAGCUGCCCACGGUCCUCCCGUCACUGCAGCAGCAGCAGCAGAAGAAGACCGAGAAGACGACGACGACGACGACGCAGCAUCCAUCAGUCGGGAUGCUUAACAACCUGACUGACACGGAGGAGGGGGACGGGGUAGCGCAAAACCAGGGUGACAAUAACCCCAAGGAGAGCAGCCCCUUCAUCAACAGCAGCGAUGCAGCGGCAGAGAAGAGCCAGCAGUACGACGGCAAGCACAUGGCCCUCUUCGAGGAGGAGAUGGACACCAGCCCCAUGGUGUCGUCUCUGCUCAGCAGCCUGGCCAACUACUCCAACCUGCCGCAAGGCAGCAAGGACCACGAGGAGGCCGAGAACAACGAGGCCGAGUCGUCCCGCAAGAAACCCAUCAAGGCACCUCAGCUCGGCACUCUGAUGGGCGUCUACAUGCCCUGCAUCCAAAACAUCUUCGGAGUCAUUCUCUUCCUCAGGAUGACCUGGCUGGUCGGCAUCGGCGGGAUCAUCGGGACCUUCGUCAUCGUCUUUAUGUGCUGCACCACCACCAUGCUGACUGCCAUCUCCAUGAGCGCCAUCGCCACCAAUGGAGUCGUGCCAGCUGGAGGCUCCUACUACAUGAUAUCCCGCUCACUGGGCCCUGAGUUUGGGGGAGCAGUGGGCAUCUGCUUCUACCUGGGGACCACCUAUGCUGGAGCCAUGUAUAUCCUGGGGGCCAUUGAGCUGCUCCUGAUCUACAUCGCGCCCAAAGCAGCCAUCUUCCCGCUGGAGGGCCUGGAGGGCGCGGAGGCGGAGGCGGCGCUGCUCAACAACAUGCGCGUGUACGGCACCAUCCUGCUGACCUCUAUGGCCACCGUGGUGUUUGUCGGCGUCAAGUACGUCAACAAGCUGGCCCUGGUCUUCCUGGCCUGUGUCAUCCUCUCCAUCCUGGCCGUCUACGCCGGCGUCAUCAAGACGGCCGUGGACCCUCCCGUGUUCCCUGUUUGUCUCCUGGGCAACCGCACUCUGGUGUGGAAGUCCUUCGACGUGUGCGCCAAGACCGUGGAGACGGCCAACGGGACGGUCACCACGCAGCUGUGGCGCAUGUUCUGCAACUCCUCCUUGCUCAACGCCUCCUGUGACAAGUACUUUGUCAACAACAACGUGACGCAGGUGCAAGGCAUCCCCGGGGUCACCAGCGGAAUCUGGACAGAGAACCUGUUUGGGACUUAUUACGACAAGGGGGACCUGAUCGAGCGGGUCAACAUGGACUCUGUGCAGGACCAAGGGGACCCUCUGACUAACGCUAACCGCUACGUGCUGGCCGACAUCACCAGCUUCUUCACGCUGCUGGUCGGCAUCUACUUCCCGUCUGUGACAGGAAUCAUGGCCGGCUCUAACCGCUCUGGUGACCUGCGUGACGCCCAGAAGUCCAUCCCCAUCGGAACCAUCGCCGCCAUCACCACCACCUCCUUUGUCUACAUGUCCAGCGUCAUCCUGUUCGGCGCCUGCAUCGAGGGCGUGGUCCUCCGAGACAAGUUCGGUGAAGGUGUGCACGGCAACUUGGUCAUCGGCACCUUGGCGUGGCCGUCGCCGUGGGUGAUUGUGAUCGGCUCCUUCUUCUCCACCUGCGGCGCGGGCCUCCAGAGCCUGACGGGGGCGCCCCGGCUUCUGCAGGCCAUCGCCAAGGACAACAUCGUGCCCGCCCUCAGGAUUUUUGGGCACGGGAAGGCCAACGGGGAGCCCACAUGGUCUCUGCUGCUGACCGCCUUCAUCUGCGAGAGCGGCAUCCUCAUCGCCUCCCUGGAUGCUGUCGCUCCCAUCCUGUCCAUGUUUUUCCUGAUGUGCUACAUGUUUGUGAACCUGGCGUGCGCCCUGCAGACGCUGCUCAGGACCCCCAACUGGAGGCCCCGCUUCAAGUUCUACCACUGGACUCUGUCCUUCCUGGGGAUGAGCUUGUGUCUCACGCUCAUGUUCCUGUGCUCCUGGUACUACGCUAUCGUCGCCAUGGUGAUCGCCGGCUCCAUCUACAAGUACAUUGAGUUUGCAGGUGCGGAGAAGGAGUGGGGUGACGGCAUCCGAGGUCUGUCUCUGAGCGCCGCGCGUUACGCUCUCAUGCGCCUGGAGGAGGGGCCCCCCCACACCAAGAACUGGCGGCCUCAGUUGCUGGUGCUGGUGAGCACGGACAGCGAGCAGAACAUAGAGCAGCCUCGGCUGCUCUCGCUCACCAACCAGCUGAAGGCGGGCAAAGGUCUGACCAUUGUGGGAACGGCGCUGGAAGGCACUUACCUGGACAACUACGAGCAGGCCCAGCGGGCAGAGCAGGCGCUGCACAAGCUGAUGGAGACGGAGAAGCUGAAGGGCUUCUGCCAGGUGACGGUGUCGUCCAACAUGCGCGACGCCACCUCCCACCUGCUGCAGGCCAGCGGCCUGGGCGGCCUCAAGCACAACGCCGUGCUGGUGUCCUGGCCGCGCAACUGGCGGCAGGGAGACGAGCACCAGACCUGUAGGAACUUUAUCGAGCUGGUGAGAGAGACCACGGCGGCCCGCCUGGCUCUGCUGGUGCCCAAGAACAUCUCGGCCUUCCCGUCCAACGGCGAGCGCUUCACCGAGGGUCACAUCGACGUCUGGUGGAUCGUCCACGACGGAGGCAUGCUGAUGCUGCUCCCCUUCCUUCUCCGCCAGCACAAGGUCUGGAGGAAGUGCAAGAUGCGCAUCUUCACCGUGGCCCAGUUGGACGACAACAGCAUCCAGAUGAAGAAAGACCUGACCACCUUCCUCUAUCAUCUGCGCAUCGAUGCCAUGGUGGAGGUGGUGGAAAUGCACGACAGCGACAUCUCGGCCUACACUUACGAGAAGACCCUGGUGAUGGAGCAGCGCUCGCAGAUGCUGAAGCAGAUCAACCUGACCAAGACCGAGCGUGAGAGGGAGAUCCAGAGCAUCACCGAUUCAUCCCGCGGCUCCAUCCGCCGCAAGAACCCCGCCUCAGUGACCGCUCAGCCGAGUGUAAGCGAAGAAACGCCAGCUGUCAGCAAGGAGGAGAAGCCAGAGGAGGAGUCAACGUCGACCUCUCCCCCUGUGCCCCCCGCUGCCCAGGUCCAGCUCAUCCACGACAACACCACCCCCGCCAGCCCCGCCGCUGCCGCCGCCCCCGCCGCUCCGCUCGACCCGGCCGAGGCGACUCCCAGCCCCGGCGAGCAGGUCCAGAUGACCUGGACGGAGAAGUGCGAGAACGAGGCCGGCCAGUCGCCCUGCGCCGCCACGCCUGUGGGCAUCAAGGACAUCUUCAACAUGAAGCCUGAAUGGGAGAACUUGAACCAGUCCAACGUGCGACGCAUGCACACGGCGCUGCGACUCAACGAGGCCAUCAUCAAAAAGUCCUCGGAGGCCAAGUUGGUCCUCCUCAACAUGCCUGGAGCGCCCAAGAACCGAAGCGGUGACGAUAACUACAUGGAGUUCCUUGAGGUCCUCACUGAGGGUCUCAAUCGUGUCCUCUUGGUCCGCGGAGGCGGCCGUGAGGUCAUCACCAUCUACUCCUGAAAAAGCAACCCUCCCCCUUCCGCACCCCCUCACCCCCUCGCCCUGCUCCCACGUUAUGUGUGCCCCCUACACCCCCCCCCCCCCCUUCCUUUGCCCCCCCACCCCCCCAUCUAGUCACGCUGCUUCAUGUCGUCCACUCCCACAGCCCGACUCCGCUUCAGGGCUCCCCGACGAGCAGAAUCGCUCUCGGACGCUUCGGGUCCGUCCAACCCGGCGUCGCGGCGUGUCUCGCUUUCGAGCGUCUUACUUCCUGUUGGUUUAUCAAUGUUUAUCGGCGUUAGUCGGGCGCGAGGCAGCGGGCGCGUUGGCCUGUCGGGUCUGUCGUUAGCUGCUGCGCUAGCUGUGGCUGCAAAUGCAUGCAAGCAUCUUAAUUUGUUUUUGUUUUCCCUUUCACUCGGUUGUUUUACCAAACGUGACCAGCAGGUGGUGUCUUUUACGUUAGGAGUAAAAGAAAGCAAAGAAACGUGUAAAACGGCGCUGCUAUGACGGGCAGCGGGAAGGCUUUUUCUUUUUUUUUUCCUUCUUCUUUUUUUUCUUUUUAGGUAUUGGAACUGUGAAAUCCAACUUGAAAACGCUGGACUUGCUAGCAUGACCUCAGCGCCGUCUUUUCUCAGUGGCUGUUUGUCUGCAAGGCCGCUGUCGGUGCCAAAAAAAAAAAAAAACACGGAGAAGACGAAGGUUAGCUCAACUGUGAC